UGGAGUGAACUCUGUAUUUCGGUCUAGGUUUUUGCAAACUGUUUACCGCGUGUAUAUCACACAUCCCUACCAAACACGUGCCUUUGGAAUAGCUGGAGCAGUCCAACAAACCGGAAUCUCGGCUCUUAAAUUUCAGUUCGAUUUGUUUAGGAGCAAAUUCACAUUGGGCUAUCUGCUGUGUCAACUGCGGGGAAUCGAACUCAUGCUUAUAAGUUACUGACUUAGUUGUUUUUCAAGUGUUCUAGUUCUGAACGAAGUAAAUUCCAAGUGUCAUCAGUAUUGUUUCCGGUGUAUGAAUGUAUAACUUCAACCAGCUCAAGUACAGUAGGCGUACACUUACUUCGUUUUGAAAUAGAAUUGCUAUGGCAACUUUGUCCGGGAACAUCGAGAGGUGGAAGCGGAAGAAAGCUGAAGAUCAGCACACAUUACCCGACGAACGAGUUUAUUCCUGCUGUUCUAGCUUUCCUCCGCUUGGAGAUGAUCUUUCUCUGCGUCCUCCUCCUCUUCCACAGACGUCAUGUCCACUCAACAACAAUCAUCCUUCCCCCCUCCCACCCUCGGAAGAACUACCUGCCUUUCCUUCGUCUAUGAGUUCAACGUGUGCUUCGCAAUCAAUUCCUACAACUUUUCGUCCUCAGUCUCUAACGACGACUUACAAUAGUGGCUCAAUUUGUGAGUUCAUCAACCCUCAACCAGGCAGCCAGAUGUCCUCUGGGUCAUGUUCCAAUGCAGACUCUUUGUUCUAUUCUAAUUACUAUCCUGAAGAGGUACUGGGUAAGCUAAACUUCAAGAUGAUGACCUAUCCCGUGGGAGGAAGAAUUCCUUCUGCACAAGAGGCUGAAGUUGACCAUUUAACAGAGCUCUUAGUUCAGAGUAUGGAAAACUCAGGAGAUCCCGAGUUUUUUGGUAUGUGUUAUAAAUGUGGUGAUAAAGUACUGGGUGAAGGGAAUGGCUGUACUGCUAUGGACCACAUUUAUCAUAUAAAUUGUUUCACUUGUUAUGUUUGUGGUCAAGAAUUACAAGGAAAAUCAUUUUAUGCAAUGGAUGAAAAACAAUAUUGUGAAGAAGACUAUUUUAAUUCUCUUGAAAAAUGUUGUGUUUGCCAAAACCCUAUUCUUCACAAGAUCUUACAAGCUAUGGGAAAACCUUAUCAUCCUGCAUGUUUCAAAUGUAUUGUCUGUUGGAAAUGUCUAGAUGGCAUUCCAUUCACAGUUGAUGCCACUAAUCAAAUUCACUGCAUUGAUGACUUUCACAAAAAGUUUGCUCCUCGAUGCUAUGUUUGUAAGCAACCUAUAAUGCCUGAGCCAGGCCAUCAAGAAAUCAUUAGAGUUGUUGCUUUAGAUAAAAGUUUCCAUGUAAAUUGCUACAGAUGUGAGGACUGCAGCAUGUUGCUGUCAUCAGAAUCUGAGGGUCGUAGUUGUUAUCCUUUGGGUGAUCAUAUCUUGUGUCAAAACUGCAAUGGUGAACGUUUUCAGUCUUCAAGUUCAUGAACUACAACAAAUUUCUAACCUUCUGUAAGAUAUGUGACUUGCAUUCCUGUAAACAGUUUGAUGAAACUAAUGAAGUUGCUGCCAGUCUUUGCCCAUUGAACUUUUGCUGCUAUUAACCACUUUGUUUUGUUCUAGUCCAUGUGCUUAAUUAGGGUUGCAUUCACUAGAUUAUAGAAGUACUGAAUGGUCACUGUGCAGUGCUGUUCAACAGAAACUUGAAUAAAGCUUUUCUAAGUUUAUUUCUAUGAACAUAAAUAGUCUGGUAAGUUUAUAUUUUAUAAUUAAAAGAAAACAGCUCUUUUGAAACCUUUUUUUAAAUAUUAUUGUAUAUUAAACCAAAUAGAUAUUUUCGUGGCAAAUUUCUGUGAGUGUUUAUUAUAAUGUUAUUUUUUGAAAGAAUCUAUGCUCUUUAUUCUGAAGAUUAAAGCAAUGGUUGAACUUGUGUGAUAAUUGGUAGUCUUUAAAUCUAAAUUGAACUAUACGAAACAUGUGGCAGCACUAGAUCUACAACUUUAGAACUCCUUUCUUUUCUUGAAAUGCAAAAAUUAGAUAGCAUACAUUAUGAAUCAAUGGUAUUUACUCUUAGUGUAUUCUGAAGUAAAUUAAACAAACAAUUUGUUACUAAUGCAUUUUACACUAGAAUUUCAUUUAGGGAAUGUUUUAAUGUAUUUUUCUUGUGCUAGUUUGUGUUGUAACUUGUAUUGACAAUUAUUUACUUUUUACAAUACAUGACUAGCUUGUAUUUCUUUUAAAUAUUUUGGACAACCUCAUUUUUUAUGUGAUUCUUGACUGCAUAAAAUAGUAAAAACUUCAUUGAUUUUAGAACCAUGAAAAGAUAAUAUACUAGAGUUCAUGUGCACUGAUCUGAACUGAAAGAUGGAACGACCAUUUGAGAAAAACGUUACAUGAUGUUAUUGAUUAUAAAAAAAACAAAAACUCAUAAUAACCAGUAGAGGGGGAUGUUUCACAUAGUUCAGUAUAAUAAUAUAUAUCUUGAAAGCUAUUUUUGAUUGCAUCUUAUUAUAUAUAUUAAAUAUAAUCAUAUAUAUAUAUGUUUAAAAGGUCAUUAAAGUAGUGGAGGGUAUAUGUAUAUAUAUCUUCCCUCACUGUUAAAGAUACAGGAGACCUGUCCUGCCAAGAUUAGCAUCUGAUGCUUAGACACAUGAAAAACUCAAGCAAAGCAAAAUAAUUACUUUUUUCAACUGUAUUAAACGUCCUUAUGAAUACAUACCCAGUAACUCAACAGUCUGAGGGCUUAUUAUGCUAAAAAUCAGGUUUUGGUACCUUUAGUGGGCAGAGCAAAGAUAGCCCAUUGUAUAGCUUUGCGCUUAACAACAAACAUACAAACAAAAUCCUAAUGAGUGGCUCAUUUUCUACUUUAGAAAUACACUUUUGUAUUCAUAAUAUGUAAAUAAUGUAGUGUUUAAAUAUAAAAUUCAAAUUUUAUGUAGUAAAUAAUAUGAUAAUAUAUUUUAGAAAAUCAAGACAAAAUAAAACACAUUCCAUAAAUCAUUAUAAUGAUACAAUAUUUCGUUCUCAAGUCUCUUCUUCACAACCUAAAAUUUAGGCACACUGUUAAUAGGUUUGACACUAUCAGCAUAAUCUUCAGUUACCAUGUUGCUGUUUAUGAAACACAGUUUUGUCAACUGAAAAUUCCCAACUAUUUAGACAGAAACGUUAAAAAAGAAGAAGAGAGAAGUAAAUACUGAAACUGAAAUUUAAGUGUAAUAAGUAGGGUGAAAUUCUGAAGUGACUCAAAAACGUACACAUAUGCUGAAUAUAUAAAUAAAGAAUUAUAUUUCUCAUUUUCCAGGGAGCAGCAAGUGCCACUUAACCGCUCCUACAGACCCUCUUGCUUGUAUACAAAAAUCUAGAGUAAAAUAAAAUACCUAAACGUUAGGCUAAAGGUACGUUCGCUCGCUAAUAAGUUUAUAUGCAUAUAACAACCAAUAAUUAGGAAUCGCCAAUAUCUGUAUAAUGUUUACAUAUAACAUUUUUAAACGCGACAUUCUUGAUCUAAUCUCUAAGGGAUUUUAAAGAAAUGUAUUGUUUAAAAAUCUAUUAGGCCUCAAACUGAUAUCUUAUGAUAAAUGUAAAUUAACAUAUAUAUCUAUAAUUAUUCAAACUGUAAAUGUUCUAUGGUUUCAAAAUGAAAAUAAAUCAUGAGAAAAUCAUUUCAUGGAUUAUUUAUGCAGACAUCUGAGUAAGCAGGCAGUUUUGAAAGGAAAGUAUUGUAUGAUUUAAGCCUUACUUGUGUAAAAAAGUCUAGUGUAAUAAAAUAUCUAAAAGU